GAGCGGUCCACGGCGAUGACGAUGGAACCCGGCGUCGCCGUGGCAACCUUUGUUGCCGGCGGAGGAGGCCUGCCAUUGGCUAGCGCGGCCGUGACGACACGGCUCCCUCUCUUUCGGAGGGCCGGUAAAGCGCUGUGCCUCCCGCAGCCCAGCGCGAUUCGCUCGAGAAAAGAUCCGGCCGGCAGGAGAAGGAAAAAAGCAGAGAGGGAGAAGCUCACCACCGACCUUGCGGGGGAAAAAUCGGACAUGGCGAGCCACGGAGAAAAGAGGUACACAUAUGAGGACUGCAAGGGGACGUCAGACUGGCUACUGGGCAACACCAAGCACCGGCCCAGGGUGGCCAUCAUCUGCGGCUCGGGCCUUGGAGGGCUGGCUGACCUCCUCAAGGACCAAGUCGCAUUUGACUAUACCAAGAUCCCCAACUUCCCCCAGAGCACAGUUGUAGGCCAUGCCGGAAGACUGGUGUUUGGGAACCUCAGCGGGACGCCCUGUGUGGUGAUGCAGGGCCGCUUCCACAUGUACGAAGGCUACCCGCUCUGGAAGGUGACCUUCCCAGUUCGGAUCUUCCAUCUGCUUGGCGUGGAAACUCUCAUUGUCACCAACGCAGCCGGGGGGCUCAACCCCGAGUACAACGUGGGGGACAUCAUGGUGAUCCGUGACCACAUCAACAUGCCCGGCUUUUCUGGCGAGAACCCCCUGGUGGGGCCGAAUGACGAGAGAUUUGGGGCACGUUUCCCAGCCAUGUCGGAUGCCUACAACGAAGACCUGAGGAAACUGGCGCACACGGUGGCGUUGGAGAUGGGCUCCACUGGCUGUGUGCGCGAGGGAGUCUACUGCUCCGUGGGAGGCCCCAACUAUGAGACCAUUGCUGAAUGCCGCUUCCUGCAGCGACUGGGCGCGGAUGCUGUAGGCAUGAGCACCGUUCCAGAGGUGAUUGUGGCGCGCCACUGUGGCAUGCGUGUCUUUGGCUUCUCGCUCAUCACAAACAAGGCCAUCCUGGACUAUGAGAGCAAGGAGAAGGCCAACCACGCCGAGGUGCUGGAGGCCAGCCGCCAGAGCGCCCGCACCCUCGAGAAAAUGGUCUCCUUGAUGGUGCAGCGCAUCGAGCACAACAACAACUUGGCCUAGCGCCCUGUCCGGGCUGGCUUGCCGCGGAUCUUUGGCUGGUUGUGCCGUCUCUCCGCCGCUAAGGAUUGUUCACGCAUUCCCCGGCAAAAAGCGCACGUUGACUUUUCCAUCCAUUCCCCCGAAAUAUUCCUCCUCGUCAGAUCCUGCUGCUAGGUUGUCUGUUGUCGGACGGUGUCCCGGAUUUGAGUCCUGCUGCAGUGCCCGGUGGUCUCUGGCCACUGAUGGAUUGUCCCUCUAUGCCUGCGUUUGCUCUCUAGCCUCUGAUGCCGUGUCUGUCCAUCUGUCAGUGAGUGUGUGGGCUUCUCCGUCGGUUUCAGAACCUCGCUUCUGCCUGUAGCUUUUCACGUCUCUCUCUUGUCUCUCUCCGUAAUCCGUGCCAGGGCCAUGUAGGUGGCUGUCAAGGUCAUGUAGGCCUCUGACAACUCACUUUUCCAUGGCUGUUUAGCUGUGAAAAGUUUGGGAUGCAGAGAAUGCGUUCCUCACACUCGGAAGGCCUCCGCUUCCCGUUUCAAAGUGCCCACGCUCUCGUCCACAGGGUCACGCUGGCAAAUGCAUUUCUGCUGUUCUGCUUGUUUGUUCUCAAAGGCAAGGAUUCAGUCUCCCUAAUCAUAGUGGUUGAGCUGGACCUCAAAGGUCAUCUAUUCCACCCUGGAUGCUAAUGUGUCUGCAUUGCCUUGAGCAUCAUUUGCAUGACCUCUUGCAAUCGCCAUGUUCACCCAACACACCAAGAUUUGGCCUCUGGUCUUUGGCAUAAUAUCUGUGUCCCCUUCAUGGGGGAUCUACAUCUUGUCCCCUUUGUCUAUUUCAGAUGCCUUGUUAAUCUCUCUUCCUCUCCUCGGCCUUCCAUUCUUCACCUGUUCAUUGAACACUUUAGGGGAACAAAUCUCAUGUUGUAAUGCAAAUACACAGGCACCCGAUGAGGGGCUAACACAUGUGUCUGGAUCCACUUCAAACAGGGAGCUUACGUGAUUUAAUGCCCACUCUAUACAAGAUUUUUUUUUAA